AUGGUCAAAUCUCCAAACCCAGGCACUCUCUUCCAUCUUCUGCCGCUCAACCCCCUUGCCCAUGAUGCUCUCAGGCAUCCUGACAACAAGCACCUCGUAUCCACGAGUCAAGAUGGCCAGCCUGGUUUAGAGGUUGGCUUCCAUGUGCGUAUGAUGCCCAACGGCCGCACACUGGCGGAGCUUGGUCGGAAUGCCCAUCUUAUUCUUCUGGAAAGCACUCCCGAGAACCCCAUGUCCCGCGUCCACGCCGCCUUCGAGUUCAACGCAGCCACCGGCCUUGUCCUGCUUUCCUUCAAAAGCAGCAGCACCUCUCCGAGGUCGGUGGCUGUUCGUCCGUCAAGCUCGGGCGAUGGCGGCGAGACUGUGCACGGAGGCAGCGUCAUCGUCUACGGCACCAACUACAACCUCUCGAUUGCUGCCUACAACUUCAGGCUCGUUAGGUCAACUCUUUCUAGUGUCCAUCUGGACAACCACAAGCUUCUGGAGCAGCUGGCGCGCCGCGGCUACGACAGUGCCGUAGAGCUCAUGGCAAACUUCAAGUCGCGGGACCAGCUGACGGAAGGCGAUGGCAAGUCCAGGGCACUGUCCCACACGGACUCGGCAAUUGGCACCUCGACCAUGCGCCCAGAGAUGUUCAUGCCGCUGCAUGACGGAGCUCUGAACAUGCCGGUUGAGCCCAUGGGCCACGAUGCUCGCGCAAGCAUCUGCCCUCCCUUGGCCGAGCAGAUUCUCAGCGCCCUCGACUACCCGGACUGCAAAAACCUCGUCCACCGCGACGAGCCAGGUGGCCAUUGGCGCGAGCACGAAGGAGUACAUGGCCCCGGAGGUCGACAUGGCGACCAACAACGCCCUGAGCCCAAGAUCGACAUGCGGUCCUUCUGCGCGACGAUGCUCAACGUCCUCUGCAAAUUCCCGCCCGCCGACAAGUCACGGGCGGUGCUCACAAAGACCCUGGAGACCGAGGCCAGCCACCAUCCACUCCUGGCGCGCAUUGGGAAACGGCUCCCCGAGCAGCGCGCGUCCGCCGCCCAGCUCCUCGUCGUCUACUUCAGCUCGCGGGGCCUGACCUCGAGCGCGCCCGCGACCCCCGCUCUUCAGCCGUUCGUCCGCGACGUCCAGGCGGCGGCGGCGGCGGCGCUGCCCACGGCCCCUUCCAUCCCCGAGCUCACCAUGGCCUCCGCCUCGGCGGUGCUGUCGCCGCCCGUCCCGGCGCCCUUCGACCCCAGCCAGCCCAGGCUCCUCGGCACCCUCCAAAUCGGCGCGUCGCUGGCACGGUCGCGCACGCGGUUCCAGCCCGGCGGCGGCGCGAAGCGCAUAGAGCCGCGGCCGGGCGCCGACGACGGACGGCCCAGGAGCCGCAAGCGGGGCGGCGGCUCGCGCGUGUGGAGCAACAUCGGGCCGGACUGGGUCGGGCGCGACGGGGGUCGCCAAGCGCCGCCACGUCGACGAAGCGAGAGAUGUCGCCGCCGCCCGCAGGCGGGGGCUGAGGAUGGUCGCGGCCGCGAAGAAGUUCUUCACGGUUGA